CUCACAUUUAGUUGAUGUCAAAUUACAGAGAAAUCAAAACAAAGUGCAAUGAAAAUCCCAGAAAAUCUCAUUUAAUUGGUUCCAGGAUGUUGGGAUUGAGGUGUGUUCGCCUCAAUGUACGCUCUGUGCUCUUUAUAAUGCUUUCGUUCUUCCUGAAUACCAUUAAAUUCUCCCAAACAGCAAUCAAUGAGAUGGACAUGCCCGUCAAGUCGGAGAGUCACAAAACCGUCAAUACUUCUGCAUUUAGAUCCAUUACAUCUGACGACGUAUCGGCAUGCCCUACAAAUCUCGAGUGUAGCAAAUUAUCCUUCCCGUGCAUUUCGUGCUCGUACAACCUUUCCUGCCACUACGGAAAGCCAAUGAAUGUAACGUGUGAAGCACGUCAGAAUGUUCAGUGCAAGGAGAAUCGAGAAUUCGUCCGAACAGCCAUCUGCAGGUAUUGCUACCAGACAGAACCGUGGGAGCAUACGUGUGUCCGGAAGGCACCCUGUCACACAUCCUACAGGACGAACUGCACAGUCUUCCCGGAUGUACUAUGCCUCGGGCAUAGGACCUUCUUCAAGAAUCUCCAAUGCAACUGGACGCAGGGAUUCAAGUGGUCAACCGCCGUGAUAAUCAGUAUAACACUGGGGGGAUUUGGUGUGGACAGAUUCUACCUCGGGCACUGGCAGGAGGGAAUUGGGAAGCUUUUUAGCUUUGGGGGUUUGGGAAUUUGGACGCUAAUUGAUGUGAUACUUAUUUCUCUUCACUAUCUCGGUCCAGCAGAUGGAUCUCUCUACAUUUGAAUGGGAUGGGAUACAUCCUGGUGGAUCAAAUAAUAAAAAACGAGCAUUUCUCUGA